UUGAGCGCCAACUGUUUCUUUGACGUUCCUUUUUCAUCGGCACCAUGAAAGUGUCAAGAAUUACAGUCAGUCUUACCACACUGCUGGUAAUACUGGUAUGCAUUUUCUCUACCAAUGGCUCUGCCGAAAACCCGCAGCAGCAAGCAGUGCUGUCACCUCAUGACGGACCAUCGCACGGUAUUCAGGCAGACCAAGUAGCCCAAUUGGAAACCACUGAAAAGUUCACUUUCCAGACCGAAAUUUCUCGUUUGAUGAGUUUAAUUAUCAACUCUUUAUACAAAACACGCGAAAUCUUUUUACGCGAGAUCAUCUCCAACGCCUCGGAUGCCCUGGACAAGAUUCGAUUUUUAUCCCUUACGGAUCCUUCGGCCCUUGAGAGUGAACCGCGUUUGAGCAUUUCCAUUGCUGCUGACCCGGAAACAAAGUCUUUAAUUAUCACGGAUACCGGUAUUGGUAUGACUCGCGAACAGCUCAAGAUGAACCUAGGCACCAUUGCAAAAUCGGGAACGUCGGAAUUCCUGCAAAAGCUGGAAAGUAACAAGGACGAAGUCACUCAAAUUGGUCAAUUCGGUGUUGGCUUUUACUCGGUCUUCCUUGUUGCUGACAAAGUCACGGUGGCCUCCAAAUCGAACGAUGAAGCAGAUCAAUAUAUCUGGAUGAGCGAAGCCGUUGAUGACUUUGUCAUCGCGAAGGAUCCGCGAGGAAAUACCCUUGGACGCGGCACCGAAAUCACGCUGCAUUUGAAAGAAGAUGCCCUUGAAUUCUUGGACCAAGACGUGCUGAAGGGCCUCGUCACCAAGUACUCCGAGUUUAUCAAUUUCCCCAUUUAUAUUUGGACUGAACGCAAUGAAACGGUGACCAAAGGUUCGGGCAAGGUUGACUCUGAUAAAGACGAGGAGGAGAUUCACGAGGAAUCGCUUGAUAAAGAGGAAGAGGACGACGAAUCUGAAUCUGAGACUGAAACACGUACGACCCGAUCCUGGGAACGUGUGAAUACACAGAAACCGAUUUGGAUGCGUUCUGCCAAAGAUAUUAGCGAGGAAGAGUAUGUUCAAUUUUACCAGUCCUUGACCAAGUCUCCCACCGAGAAGCCAUUGACGUGGAUGCACUACAAGGGCGAAGGUGACAUUGAGUUCCGAUCCAUUGUCUACAUUCCCAAGCAAGCCGACCCUAACUUUUUCCGCAAUCUGGCUGACAAGCUUCACAAUAUGAAAUUAUUUGUGAAGCGUGUAUUCAUUACCGAUGAAUUUGAACUUUUCCCGAAAUGGCUUUCCUUCCUCAAGGGUAUCGUUGAUGCGGAUGAUUUGCCUCUCAACGUUUCGCGUGAAACUCUCCAGAAGCAUCGCUCGUUACGCAUCAUUUCCAAACAUUUGGUGAAGAAGGCUUUGGAUAUGUUCAGCCAGCUGUCGAAGCAGGACGAGGAAAAGUACGCUGAAUUUCUGAAAGAAUAUGGCAAUGCUCUCAAGUACGGUGCCAUUGAAUCCGACGCGCAUCGCAGGAAGAUUGCCACUUUGUUGCGCUUCGCAUCCUCUUACGAUCCUACCAGCCCCGGUGUCAGUCUCGACAGUUACAUUGACCGUAUGAAAGCCAAUCAGAAAUCGAUCUACUACCUGGCAGGCCUGGCCAUUUCCGAGAUCGAACAAAGCCCCUUUUUGGAACGUUUAUUGGCUCGAGGCUUUGAAGUUCUUUAUUUGGUUGACCCCAUUGACGAGAUGCUUAUCCAGCAUAUGCCUAGUUACAAUGGCAAGAUGUUUGUGAAUGUGGCGAAAGGCGACUUGAAGUUUGGCGACGAGAAAGAUGAAGAAGCGGACAUCAAAGAACUGGAAAAGAAAUUCGAGCCUUUAAGCCAAUGGUUGAAAACCACGCUCGGUCAGCAUAUUGACAAGGUGGUCCUGUCGAAACGGUUAACCACCUCUCCCAUGGCCAUCGUCGCAGCUGAUUUCGGAUUAACGGGUCAUAUGGAACGUUUGAUGGCAGCUCAAGGAGAGAAAAACAAGGAACGCGAUAUGAUGCUCAAUUUCAUGUCAAUGCAAAAGAAGACUUUGGAAAUCAACCCCAACCAUCCCAUUGUGAAGACACUUCUUGAACGUGUGGAAGCUGAUGAUACAGACCAAGAUACUACGGAAAUGGUCACCAUCUUGUACGAAACCACGGCUAUUCGCAGCGGCUAUCCCUUGAAAGACCUGAACUCUUUCACCAAGCGAAUUGAGAGCGUCAUUCGCAAAGGCAUUGGUGCCUCGCUAACAGAGCAAGUCGAAGUGAAGGAGGAAGUUGCCGCAGAUAAGACAGCCGAAGAGAAAUUGGAAGACGAGGCUUUGCAAAAGGAAGCCAACGAAGACGAACAAGAUGAUAACGACACUGCUGAAGAAGAUCUUUUGCACGAUGAACUCUAAUGCAAAUGAUUAGCUAAAAUAAAAUGAUAUUAUUAUCUUGUAACGUGGCCUUACAUGCUUGCCGUUUACAUUUAUGCUCUCGAUCGAUAAUUAAUAUAGCAGAUGGUGUGUGACAUAAUACUGGCAAAUAUUCCGUAACAUGGUCUGUAUCUUUAAAAAUCUAAUAGCGUAACCCUAAAAGAUGGGAUGAAGAUAUAAAGCAAUCUUUUUUCAUGGUUUGCAAAAUAACAGACAAGGGAUUGAGAAUGACUUCCAACAGCGAAUGGUCAAAAAGAGGGAAAAAUGUCCAAUGUUGUUAUCCAUACAUUC